CCACAGUAUUUCUUAUACCAGUUAUAUUUCCUUUGAAAUUAGCAAAGGGAAGUGAACAAGUGCACACUUUGGGAGGAAGGAGGGAUCAUUUGGGACGAAGCCCUGGUGGUUAAUUAACAACCUCUGUGUCUGAUGUUAGUGUCCCAGAGGUAGUCAGUGUCCUCAGAUCUCUCUCUCUCAUUCUGACUCAGCACGGCAACAGCACGGCAACAGCACGGCAACAGCACGGCAACAGCACGGUAACAGCACGGCAACAGCACGGCAACAUGGCUCACCGUCGCUUUGAGGGCAAAGAGCACGUAGCCUCCUACCUGAGGUACAGGGUGUCCCCCCCACAGGAGCUGAUCACAGAAAUACUGGCAUUUCUGGAGAAUAUGAAAGGAAGGCCGUUCGACCUUGCCGUGGACGUAGGCUGUGGCUCGGGACAGGGGACACUCCUACUGGCCCCUCACUUUACCCAGGUGAUUGGGACAGACAUCAGCCCCGCCCAGCUGGAGGUGGCUCUGGCCAAUAGCAGCGCCCCAAAUAUCUUCUACAGGCAGUGUCCUGCAGAGGAGUUACCGUUCGCUGACGGCGAGGUAGACUUGGUGACGUCCAUGACUGCGGCACAGUGGUUCCACCGACCACGGUUCCUCCAGGAGGCAGACAGGCUGCUGAAGCCCAGAGGGUGUCUGGCCCUGAUCAGUUAUACCCUGGACAUGGACCUGGAGUACGGACACCACUCCCACACCCUGACUGACAUCUGUCAUCAGUUCUACAAGAACCUGCUGCCAUUUCGCAGUGCCCACAUAGGUACUACCACGGUCCCUCUCUACAAACAGAUGUAUGACUCAUGCCCGUACCCAGACAAAGAGUGGCAUGAGUGUCUGCGGAUGAGGAGACCAAUGCCUCUGAGUAGCUACAUCGGCAUGGUGGAGACCUUCUCUAGCUAUCGGGCGUUUCUGAAGCAGGAUCCAGUGGAAGCCCACAGGUUCUCCCAGGACUUCAGGAACAGGUUGCUGUCUGAGAUGGGGGAGUCGAAUCCAGACACAGAGAUCACAGUGGUGGUGAAGUAUUUCUACUGGCUGGCCUACAAACCUGCUGCAGCCUGAUCUGGGGCAAAGACGCAGCAAACCCCACAGACUCUUCCCUUGAUGUUUUCUGUUGCAUCUAAUGGCAAAAUGACAUAACUAAAAGACAAGACAACAAAUAAGACCACGAGUUACAUACAACUUAAAUCAUUAGUCCAUCAAAGUCAAAAUGAAAAGUGAACCCACAUGAACUCCAAUACCACCUAAAGAAGAUGUUUACGAUGUUUCAGAAUAGUCUGGAUACCCGAUGAGCUCAACCAUUUCUUGUUUUAUAAAGAAACAGCUUGUUAAAAUACAA